AUGCUGCGCGUGGUGCUAGAGGCGCUGCAGGUGAGCAAACUGCGCCGAGGCACGUCAGUGAUGGCCAUCGAGCUCUACAUCCUGCACAAGUAUCCAACUGCGCACAGCCUGCACUUUAAGUACCUGCUCAAGCAGGCCCUGGCCACAGGCAUGAGCCGUGGCCUCCUCACAAGGCCCCUCCACUCCAAGGCCAACGGCGCCACUGGCAGCUUCAAAUUGGUGUCCGAGCACAAGAAAACACAACCCAGCAAGGCCAGGAAGGCCAGGAAGGCCAGGAAGGCCAGGAAGGCUGGAAAAGCCGGGAAGGCCAAGGAGCCAGUCUCCAAGAAACCCAGAGAGGCCAGACCAGGCCAGGUGGGAUAGGCACACAAGAAGCCAGGUGUCGUGGGGAAGGUGCUUCCUAAGCCAGGUGCAGCCAAGAAGGUCCCCAAGAAAGGCAAAGAGGCCAAAGACACGGGGGUCAAACAGGGUCAGGCCGGGAAGUCUCCCAGGAAGUCAAACAAGGCCACACAGGCCUCUGCUGGUCCCAAGAACAAUGGGAAACCAAAGGUCAAAGGCCACAGGAAAAGCCAAGGAAUCCCGCCCGCCCCUCCAGGAGAGGCCAAAGCUCCCAGGAAAACCAGUGCCACCGACAGCAAGAGUUCCAAACGCAUAGCCAGCAAGGUCAAGAACAGUGGUGUUGCUUCCCUAACUAAGAAGACAGCAGCCAAGACCCCUGAAGUGGCAGCAGCCUCAGGGGAUACGGAGAGGCCCAAAGCCAAGGCCAGCACUUCCACUAAGGGCCAAGGGUCCAAAACUGGGUAUGCACACCUGGCUGAGAAAGCCUGGGCUGUCUGCCAAGGCCUCGGCACCCAAGACCUCAACGUCCAAGAAGGCGAAAGCCGGGAACUCGGGGUCCAGCUGAAGAGGUGCAGGCCAGCUGUGAUUUUAUCUUCCACAAAGCAUCCCUCUAUUUAA